AUGUGUAAAGGUUAUGUUAAUAAAAGACAAUACUAUGUGCAACAGUACGGACUGGAAAAUGCAAACAAAAUUAGACGACUGGAAUUCAAGAAAACAAAGGCAUCUCGUCUCCUAGCAUCCAUCAAUUUUCUUAAAAGAUGCAGAGACCACAACAUCAUCCCCAACUGUGUACGAUUGGCUCCAAGAAAGGACAUAGUUGGGAGCGCCAGUAUUCUUGAAACAGCAAGUAGAAAAUUGUUAAUUAAACUUGUCGCCGGACAUAGAACAGAGUAUCAACGACUAAACAUUCAAAUCCAAAAUGAAACGGAGGAAAUACGGGGCACACUAGUGCUCAUGUUAAGAGAUCUCAAGUUACUCCACAAUGAAACCAUGGUGAGGUUUGACAUUGAGUCACUAUUUACAAACUUACCACUAAAUGACUGCCUAGAUAUAAUUGCAAAAAGACUUAAGAACAUGUCACCAGAUUAUGUAGAUAUUGUAAAACACUGUCUCACAUCAGGAUACCUAAUGUGGAAAGAUGAGUUCUAUGUGCAGGUUGAUGGAGUAGCCAUGGGUUCUCCAGUGUCACCUAUAGUCGCUGACAUCUUCGUGGAGGACUUUGAGGAGAGAGCUCUGGCCAAUGCCCCGGUUAAACCUCGACUGUACAAGAGAUAUGUCGAUGACACAUUUGUAGUACUCCCCAAUGACAAAAUAUCUGCAUUUCUAGCACAUUUAAAUUCAAUACACAAUAACAUUAAAUAUACUGUUGAACAAGAGAACAAAAACUGUCAAAUUGUCGUGGUUAAAAUACAAUGUGUGGCCAAAUGGUCACACAUAAAAGAUUUCUUUGAAAUCGACAACAAAACCCCAAAUUUUGUGUUCGCUCCUGCUUUCACAAAGAAAUGCAAAACAAAAAAUGUGCGUCAAACUAGCUGCACAAGUUUUGAGCCACACAGUGGCAGCGGACUUUAUGCAAAGAUAGCUGAUGGCGCACUCAGUACAGAAGCUGCUAUUACUGCAAAUGUGAUAUCACAUAUGGACAAGCUUUAUGACGCCCUGAAUAGCGACUCAGCAGACUUGCGGCGAGGAGAAAUUUUCUCCACAAACUUGACAGCGAAAAGCCCACACCACAAAUUAUUUCAGAGUAUGAAAUAUUUUUUGAAAACAUUGAAAUUUAUGGGGUCUCUGCGAACACCCCCACAGGAAGACAAAAAAUUAAGCCCACUUGUUGAGGAUAACAAAAAGCUGAAACAAGAUCUCCAAGCUUCCCAUGCACGUAUACAAAAUCUUGAGAGAGAAAUGAGAAAAGAUAACAUAAUAUUACACGGGAUGGCAGAAAAUGAACAUAGUACAAGUGAGCUCUGGAAAAAUGUGUUAGAAGUGCUGAAUGAAACGAGUUUAAGAUCUGAUGGGAUGCGGGAGUGGGAUCAAUGGGAGAUCAGCAACAUGAGAAGGAUAGGCAAGAAAAUGAAUGACAAAAAGAGACUGAUACUUAUCACCCUUGCUUUAAAUUGGCGGAAAUAUGAACUUCUAAAAACAAUAAAAAUUUCCCGACAAAUAUACAUGCAACCGAAGAUUACCCGAAGGAAAUUAUCCAAAUAA